CGAAAGUCGACGAGAAAGUCGACCGGCCAGUGCCGGUUUCAAGUUUUGGGGCCGCGGAAAAGUCUAGAACCUGAGAGAGAGUCUUACUCCUGUGAAUCUCAUUGCUUAUUGGACACCUCCACCUGGGUAAACCUAGAUAUUCAAAGCUUUUCCUCGAGACUUAACUUCCUCAAUCCAGGUGGGUUAACCUCACGGAUGUCACUCCCGCAAUUAACCACCCUUCGUUUGCCCAAAGCUGUCUCCUUAUUGGGACGGCCUGUAGAACACUUCCCAGAAUUCCCUGCCGUGUAGUACGAUCAGCAACCAGAAACUACAACUCCCAGGGUUCUGCGCGCCCGCAGGGGCGGGGCUUUCCGGAGGCUGCUCCCGCGGAGGGGAGAUGGAAGAGCAGUCUGGUUCUCCGCACCGCUCGAUGUACAAAUUGGUGGGCUCGCCUCCGUGGAAAGAGACGUUCAGGCAGGGAUGCCUGGAGAGAAUGAGAAACAGCCGGGACAGGCUCCUGGACAAAUACCGACAGGCUGGAGGCAAUGUGCCAGGGAGGGCUCAGAGCACCCUUCUCGCACAAGAGUUGAUGGAAGAGGAAUGGAAUGCUUGGCACUCGAUGGAAAGCUGCCCAGAGGCCUUGGCUCAGUGGGAGGAGCCGAUGGACUUGGCUGAGCUGGAGGAAAUCCAACAGGAGCUGAUUGACCAAGAACAGUCCAUCAUCAGUGAAUACGAGAAGAGCUUGCAGUUUGAUGAGCAGUGUCUCAGCAUCAUACUGGCUGAGUGGGAAGCAAACUCCCUCAUCUGUCCUGUGUGCAUAAAGUACAACCUGAGAAUAACAAGCGGUGUGGUCAUGUGUCAGUGUGGCCUGUACAUCCCAUCUCAUUCUCCAGAAUUGACAGAGCAGAAACUUCGUGCCUGUUUAGAGGACAGCAUGAAUGAGCACAGCGCCCACUGUCCUCACACACCUCAAUUUUCAGUCACUGAAGGGACAGGAAGAAAGUCCAGUCUUCUCAUGAGCUGUCUGGCCUGCGAUGCUCGGGCUGCGAUCAUCUAAAGCCAGCCUUUACUCACAUCCUUCUGCUGGGUUGGAACCAACUCAGACCGUCUGAGGGGGCCUUGUAAAUACAAACCUUUCAUUUGUAACUUAUUUUGUAUUAAAACCUUUCAAACAUCUUG